AGUGACUGCAGAGACAGAGGGGUGGGUGGGCUGGCCCAUGGCUGAAGCCUCGGUCCCAGAGCUGAGGGGAGAUGCCGAAGCCACGCCUUGCCCCAGUGUUCUGGAACUGGAGGAGCUCCUGAGGGCAGGGAAGAUUUCUUGCAGCCACGUGGAUGAAGUUUGGCCCAACCUUUACAUAGGAGAUGCGGCCACGGCAAAUAACCGCUUUGAGCUGUGGAAGCUGGGCAUUACCCAUGUGCUGAACGCAGCCCACGGGGGACUCUACUGUCAGGGUGGCCCUGAUUUCUACGGCAGCAGUGUGAGCUACCUGGGGGUACCAGCCCACGACCUCCCCAGUUUCGACAUCAGUGCCUACUUCUCCUCAGCAGCCGACUUCAUCCACCGUGCCCUCAGCACACCUGGGGCCAAGGUCCUGGUGCACUGUGUGGUAGGGGUGAGCCGCUCCGCCACGCUGGUCCUGGCCUAUCUCAUGCUGCACCAUCAGCUGUCCCUGCGCCAGGCAGUGAUCACCGUGAGGCAACACCGAUGGGUCUUCCCCAACCGAGGCUUCCUCCACCAGCUCUGCCAGCUGGACCAGCGGCUGCGGGGCACAGGCCAGAACUGAGGGGCCAGAGCUGGUCCUUCCUCCCUGCCACGGGGCUGUGCCACUUUGUUUCCCUGGCACUGGUCCUGUUGGUGCUGCUGGAGGCUCUGGCCCAGGUGGAUACCAAGAAGAUGGUAAGAAGCCAGUGUGUGGUCCGCCCUAGAGCCUGCUACCCCAUCUACUUCCUCCUGCUGCCUGCACUCUGGGUCGGCUACUGUCUUCAGUCCCCACAGAAACAGCAUCAAGUGUGCGGAGACAGGGAGCUGGAAGCAGACAGCACAAAGUGCCCGUCAGAGAAGACCACAGCCUGGGCCAGAUACCCCCACAGGAUGGACUCGCUGCAGAAGCAGGAUCUCCGGAGGCCCAAGAUCCACAGGGCAGUCCGGGGGUCCCCCUACCAGCCGCCCACACUGGCCUACCUCCAGCGCUUGCUGUGGGUCCGUCGGGCUGCCAUGCUGAGCCAUGUCAAUGAGGUCUGGCCCAACCUCUUCCUAGGAGAUGCGUAUGCAGCCCGGGACAAGAGCAAGCUGACCCAGCUGGGCAUCACCCACGUCGUGAACGUUGCUGCGGGCAAGUUUCAAGUGGACACAGGUGCCAGGUUUUACCGUGGAAUGCCCUUGGAGUACUAUGGCAUUGAGGCUGAUGACAACCCCUUCUUUGACCUCAGUGUCUACUUUCUACCUGUUGCUCGAUACAUCCGAACUGCCCUCAGUGUUCCCCAAGGCCGUGUGCUGGUACACUGUGCUAUGGGGGUGAGCCGCUCUGCUACGGUUGUCCUGGCCUUCCUCAUGAUCUGCGAGAACAUGACCCUAGUGGAGGCCAUCCAGACGGUGCAGGCCCACCGUGAUAUCUGCCCCAACUCGGGCUUCCUCCAGCAGCUCCAGGUUCUGGACAACCGACUGGGGCGGGAGACGGGGCGGCUCUGACUUGGUGAGCAGCCGGGAACCCUGACCCUCUGGCCAGCAUGGCCCAGCCCAGCCAGCCUGGCCCUGGGAACAGCAGCCUCUGCUGUUUCCAAUGACCUUGAGGCAUCAAUAGCAAGUGGGGGCUUAGCUGAGGCAGAAGCAGGGAGAAUUGAGUGGUGACCUUUAGCAGGUGGGAUUUCCCUGACCCAAUCCAGAGAUUCUUUAUACAAAAGAGAGUUCAGUCUGUCUCUAUAAUAAAAGGUUCAUCAUAAUAAA